AGAUAUUAGGCUUAUUUAGCAAGAAGACGCGAACGCGGGAUUUCUCAGAGGAAAACCCGAGAAAGGACUAGGCCCGAGCAUUUUCACCGCGUCUUGUUUCGUUCGGAACUUGAUUUUACAACAUUUGACGUCGUGAACAGAACGUGGUUGGAAAAUGGAAGCAACAAGCAAGAAAAGAUCUGUUAUGCAAUGGACUGAAGAAAAAGACAUGGAGAUGAUGCGACAAAUGACAGCCAGUGGAAUUUUCUCCCAUAAGUGUGGUAGUAGGGAACGUGGCCAAGUUUGGCAAAACAUUGCAGCAAUUUUGAAUUUAAUGGAAGGAUAUGCAGUGAAUCCCAGAUCGGUAAGAGAUCGCUUCACUAAUCUUAUGCGAAAGUACAAGGCUAAAAAUAAUAAAGAAAUAAGAGGUUCGGGACUUGGUGGAGACCCACCAACAGAGUUUGAUACCUUAUUGGAAGAUUUAAUAGAACUGAGUGACGAAUGUGAUCUGAAACACGAACUUGCUGUAGAAGAGAAGAAAAACUCUGCAAAUUUAGAGCAGCAGAAAGCACUAGAGGUUAGACAGACAGCCAUGGAAAGAAUGAGCGAAACUAAGAAAAGAAAUGGUGACGAAAAUGAAGAACCAAGUAGCUCGAAAAGAAAUAGACGCUCAACAUCAGAAACUAUAGAUUUUUUGCGGCAAAAGAUGGCUCAUGAUAAAGAAUUACAGGAGCAGAAGGAAGCUAAGCGAUGUGAAAAAAUUAACCUACAAAAAUCCCAAAUGGAUCAGACAACAAAUAUGCUCACAGCUUUUCAGUCGAGCAUCCAACAACAAGCAGUACAACAUGCAGAUCAACAGAGAAAUAUUUUACAACUCAUAAACCAACAACAACAACAAUUCCAAAUGUUCAUGACUAUGUUUUCUCAAAAUAAAAAUAAUGAUAAAAAUUGAACUUUUGCCACACUUGGAACUUUAAACGUUGAAAUGUUUUGUUGUUAUUUUUUGUUGUGAUAGUCAAAUCAUCAAAAGCUACUUUUUCUACAAGAUUGUAUAUGUUAUUAUACAAAAAACCUUUUGUCUUAUGAGACUUGAAAGUA